AUGAAGGAUUUUCUCCUCCAAUACCAACAGAAGCUGCUUGUGGGCAACUCGGAUUCCUCACCAGCACUUGACUCUUACUACAACCACAAUGGCUCGACUGGGAAUUCUUCAUAUUCAACAUCGAAGGAUGAACUCUUGCGUGCUCAGCCAGAGAACAACACUAACGGCAAUAUCAACCCUGUCAACCUGGCCACACUGCUGAAAGAUACUACUCUAGGAUCCUACCUGACUAAUUCUGUCCGAACUGUAUCAAAUCCAUUGCGCAAUGUUGUUGUCAAAGUUGUGGCAAACUAUCAGAAAGUCGAUGACUUGCACCAAGAAAAACCGCCACCAACUGAGGCUGUGAACAAUCGAUGCAAAACUAUCCUUGCAUUUCAGCAGGGAAGUGGGACACAUUUGUGCUUUGGAAUGUUUGUGAAGGAAUACAUCGAACUUGCCGAAAUUUAUGUAGACAGUGUGGACAGCCGGAAUGGAAUCGUUCACGGAACUCACUGGAGCUCAAACCCGGGAGAAAUUGAAUUUCCCAGAUGGAUGCUCCGCGAGGACGAUCGUCGUGCAGAGGACGCUUACAAUGCUGUCGCCUCUACACAGGUUGAACCUCAGCAUGGAGCAAAGGAUCUCGUUGAGGUGGCACACCGCCUGCAAGAUCGUUUCUUUGUCGUGAAUCUGCACAAUCCCAGUGCUCGGUUGAAACGUGUUGAGGACGAUGGCAACCUAGUGACCUCAGAUGUCAUGAGGGAUCGAAGGUUGCUGCCCCCUAGCUCACUGGAGCUACACAGAUUGCAUCAGAGCAACAAGUACGACUCCUUGAAGAAGGGUGAGAUCUUACAAGGAGCGUCACGGUCGACUGCUGCCAGCAAGGACAAGAUGAAGAUUCUUCCCUCGAAAUCUCGAAGACCGGCUGAUAACGAAUUGGGCAUCGGCGAAUCCUCCACCUCGACUAUGUUUCCUCCAUCGCGCAUGAUGUCGGCAGAAUACGGGGCUUACAUGGCAUAUCAGCAACAAGCGUCGUUGGAUGGGCACGCAGGGUUUCCCAGGGGAAUGAUGUAUGGCUCAAGCAAUCGCAUGCCAGAAGCAGAAUUCUCACGAGGGCAAAUGUAUGGAGGCAUGCCGCCAUAUCAUCCUGACAUGUACCCCGGCAUGAUGGAGGAACUGAAAGGUCGACCCUCCAUGGGUAUCCCUCCACACGUCAGCAUGUCUCAUCUGCAUCCGGACAUCCGCUGGAUGGGCGAGCCCACACGAGGAGGGCUCGGGUGGUCACACGCUUCACCACGAGAUGCAAUUGCGCAGGCGAAUGGGUUGGGAGGGUUCGGGGUUGAUGGAGUGGAACAUGGCUUCAGGGGCAACGGGCAUGGCUUCCCUUACGAUGUCCAUUACGCUUCGCCGCUGGCCAAUGGUCACCUGAGCUCGUCGAUUCAAGCUGUGCAGGCUGCUCAAGACCUGCAGAUGCUUCAGGGUCAGAUGCCCAUAGGGUGGAGGGGUGGAGAUGUUUCAGCGUCUUCCAAGCGAAUCGCCGACGGGAGGAGGAUACCUCCUGGGGUUGCAGUUCCAGCAGCGAGGAAGCUCAGCAACGGUAUCCCCAACGGUAGCCCUAGCGUGACGAAAGCAGCUACAGGUAUGGAAGCGAUGAAGGGUAUACUCGCAGUGAAAGAUGAAGAUCCUGCGAGUCUCGUACAAUCCAGCAUCAUGUCAGUGCCUCCUGUCGCUAAUCUGGACAAGAGGCCUCGAAGCUCUCCCGCCAAGUCCGACAUUGCUUCUCCUCAGUCCCUCACCGGCUUGUCCAUGGGGCUCGAGGCCUCCCAGAACAAGAACAAGAGGAAACGAGAGAGCAGCAAGGCAGUGAAGCCGAUGCUGAUAGGGCAAGAUUUUGGGGAGGGGAAGGGGGAUGGCAAGAGCGAUCUUGACACCUCAUUGCUGGACGUGGAUGAGCUGCAGCUGUCGAGUGACUUCCUGGACGCGGACUCGUUCCUGGUGACGUCAGGGCUGGUGCCUCCCUGA